GGAGAGAGCUUGGUAUGUCGUAGUUACAAGUUAAAAUGAUUAACGCUACAUUAUACCGACUGUACAAGCUACGGAUAUCACGUUUCUCGCAUUUUUUAUCAAGCUUUAUAGCAUGUUAUAAUUGUCAGCGUGGCUUCUAGUAGAGCUGUUGUUAUUCGACUAGCCGUUUGGCUUAACUUGCCGUUAGUUGCUAAAGUCAGUAAGUGUCUGUGUCACUCUGGAAAACUGGUUAGCUUAGCUAGGCUACAACCAGGCAAGUUAGCAACAAAACACCAACUGUAUGCGGUCUAAAAACGCUAACUAACUAGGGAUGGCGGGGGAGAGGAGCGGAGAGGACAUAGUUUCAGAGUACCUGGGCCAGAACCCGCAGCUGGCCCAGUGGGUCGACACUUUAAGAGGCUACUGUGAGAGCAACAAACAGUGGGUUGCUCGGAGAGAGUUCAUCAUGAGAAACAUGGAGGCUUUCCCCACAGUGGAGCCAGGAGUCCCCAGCAGCAGUCUGGACAGGCUGCUCUCUCUGUCCAUGGUAUGGGCCAAUCACGUUUUCCUCGGCUGCAGCUAUCCACAGGCUGUAAUGGACAAGAUCAAGGAGAUGGGUGAGGGUAUAGUUGUCAAAGAUGCCCCAGUUUACAAAACGACGAAAGAUGGAGUCAUGGCCAAAGGAAAGCGAAGUGGCACAGCUGAGGGCGAUGCUGACAGCUGUGUGAAGAGAGCCAAAUGUGGGCCUAAUGAGCUUGACAGUCGACCUGCUGGGAGGACAGCUACGUGGGCUGUGGGUCAGAAAUCAGGACCUCCUCCACAGGCUCCGGCAGAGCACCAGCCCUUCUUCAACCGCCUCUACAAGGCGGUGGCCUGGAAGUUGGUGUCGGCAGGCGGCUUUGGUCCCAACUUGGACCAUUUUGAAAUACUUCGCAGCUGUGUAGAGUCAUGUAAACAGACCCUGGCCUGUGUGUUUGUGCCACUGAAGGACAUUGCAGGCCUCCCCGCAGGUCGCACACAGAAGGAAGGCCACGUGUGUGAGAUUCGCUGUCAGACUGUUUACAUGGGGACAGGAUACGGGCGCGAUGAGUCCGCUGCCAAAGCCAUGGCUUCCAAAGAGGCCCUAAAAGUCUUUCAGGGGCGGAAAGUGACAGUAAAGAUCUGCAGGCGGAGGUACAAAGGGAAAGAUGUGGAGGAUUUGAUGUUGUUGGACGAACAGCCUCGGAGUCAGGGCUUUCCUCCUGCACUUAGCUACCCUUUUCAGGACGAGCAGCUGGCAGAUGCUUCUUCGUAGAGCUGACAAUUUGCGACGUUUGCCGUGCUGUGAUGCCUGUUGGGAGCAUGGACAAGUGACAUUUACUUACUGGAGCUACUGAAGAAAUUCAGACUGUUAUGCAGCUAAAAAUCAUAACUAGACUUGGGAAUCAUUGAGUAACUUAGAGCAUUAAUUAUCACGAUGCGUUUCCCAUAAUACUUUGGUAUCAUAAUACAGGCGACACACUGUUAGACAGAUAUCUGGGAUACAUCACCAAAACAACAAGAAUGAAUCUUAUACUCUGUUGACUACGUUUUCAACCGCGUUCAGUUUUACGUAGUUUUAUAGACCGCAAACAGUGUAACGACAUGCGUGAAGUUGGAGCAUGUGCCAUCCUUUAAAAGUCAACCAACCAUAAACUGGCAAAAAGCUCAACUGUCAGAAGGCAAAACAGUUUGAGUUCAAAUAAAGGAAGGAUAAAAUGCCACCUUAGUAUUGUAGGAGAAUGUAUUGCAUUAUAUUGAUGUGAUUGUUUGUCCCAACAAAAUGAGAAAAAUGUUUUGGCCCUUUGAUCUCAUAUUUGAAGUAGCGUGUAUAUAUUUUUCCCCUUUUGUGCAUUCCUGUCGUGACAGGUUUUGUUCUGGUGAUUUCACCAACUGUAACUGGGUGCUGUCACGCCUACAGCUUGCUUUCUUUUGUCCAUACCAUAGUUGAUAACCUGACUUUGUUGCUUUUUGGUUUGUUUAGAUUCCUACUGUGCAGUUACAAGGGAAACAAAAGUCACAUGGACAAAUCAGUAACAUGUCUUUGAUCUGCCAGGUUACAGAAUUUGGCAGCAGGAUGCAGUCAAACUUUUUCUAAACAUGAUGGACUUGUCUUUAGUGUUCAUACCAGUCGAGAACACAAAAUAGCUGAAUAUGAAGUAUAAAUCCAGACUUUAAUAUUUCAGUUUUUCUGACCAUACGUGUCUGUUGGAUGUCAGAACAUUUCUUGUCUAAUUGUACCCAUUAAUCCUUGCAUUUUAUACUGUAACAGGUUGCAGUUGAAUUCUCUGUUAUUUGGUGGAAUCCAUGUUUAAUUCUCAUUUUCUUACUUUAGAAAAAUGUAACUUAAGUAUUAAAAGUUUUUAAGUUCACAUAAACUACUCAAACAUUGUUGUUAUGAUGUUGACCCAAGGUGUUUAACAAGAAAACUGGUUCAGUUCAGCAGUAAUCUGCUAAGCAGUGAUUUUAAAAAAUGACUUCACACACUGAGUUUCUGCAAUCAAAGUAAUGUUUCAAAGAAUUGACUGAAGUUUGGAUUUUUUUUUCUCCGGUAUACAGUAUGUUCAAGGAGAAGUUGAGGUGUACUUAACAGUUUUCAGCUUUCGCAUUCUUCUCAAAUACUUGACCAACUACAUUACCCAUUAAACUGUACACAGAAGUACUAAAGGCUACUGCUUUUAUUUUAUUUCAUUCAAGUUCACUGAUUUAAAAAAACCACUGCGACCCACACUAUGUUGAAAAUAUUGUGUCAUAAUUAAGAAAAUUCCAUUGAACACAGUUGGAUACAGUGUGUACAGUCAUGAUGUGUUUGAGGGUAAAGUGCUGCUGUGACGUGUGAUUUGUGUUUCUUUUUUUCCAGUCUGGGUUGAAGGUGAACAGGGUUGCAUUGAAGUGUGAAUAUCCACACUGUUCCAUGUUACUGUAUGUUUACACCGGUGGUUUCUAUAUAUUUUUUAAAUAAACAUAAUUUAACCGA